AUGUAUGCUGUAAAAGGAGGUUCUGUAUCAUUGAUUAUAUCAAGAAUUUCUAAGACACAUGUGAAGUCUGAAACUGAGCAUGAUGUUAAGCCAACAUUAUCCAAAUUGUUCAAGAGAAUAAGAGUUAAUUUGAGCUUAUCAGAUAUUUGGAGAAACUCUCCAAUAGAUGUUUCAGAUAUUUGGAGAAACUUUCCAAUAGAUGUUGAUG